AAAAGGAAAAACAGCGGCGAUGGCAGUUCCCGCUCUAUUCCGCACUCGUCAGAGCGCCACGCGAGCUCACGAGGAAGUGGCCGAGCCUCGUAUCUGGUUGGUUCUCUUGCUAUCUCCCAGUGUUCGAGAAUGGUAAACUCCUCCAAGGACGAUGCAGCCACCGACGGCGACAUGUCCAGCGGCGAUUCUCCACCCUCCAAUUCCAGCCUCUACUCCGAAGGCGAGAAGGUUCUUGCUUAUCACGGCCCUCGCAUCUAUGAAGCAAAGGUCCAAAGAGUUGAGCUUAGGAAGAAGGAAUGGAGAUACUUUCUGCACUAUCUAGGCUGGAAUAAAAAUUGGGACGAAUGGGUAAGCGUAGAUCGGCUGAUGAAAUGUACUGACGAAAACCGUUUGAAGCAGCGAGCCCUUGAGAAAGGGUAUGUAGAAAAGAGCUCAAAGUCUGGACGUUCUGCACAAGCAAAGCCGAAAAAUUCAAUUGAUGCAAGAGUGGAGAAAGAGGACCACAAGAACAAUGCACCAAAGGGGAAGAAACGAAAGAAUGACUCAGGCACCAAGGAUAAUCAAUCCGUAGAGAAAGUUAUCAAGAUUCAAAUACCUUCAACACUAAGAAAGCAACUUGUUGAUGAUUGGGAAUUUGUUACACAGCAGGAUAAGCUAGUCAAACUUCCACGCUCACCUACAGUUGAUGAUAUUUUGACGAAGUACUUGGAAUACAGAUCCAAGCGGGAUGGCACGAUUACUGACUCGCUGGGAGAGGUCUUGAAAGGAAUACGAUGUUAUUUUGAUAAAGCAUUGCCUGUACUGCUCUUGUACAAUAAAGAGCGUGAACAGUAUCAUGAAUUUGUCGUAGAAAAUGUCUCUCCAUCAACUAUAUAUGGUGCAGAACAUCUGCUUCGACUCUUUGUUAAGUUGCCAGAGCUUUUGGCAUAUGUGAAUAUUGAAGAUGAAACACAGACCCGGCUACAUCAGAAGUUGCUCGACUUUCUAAAAUUUCUGCAGAAGAACCAGAGUACUUUCUUUGUCUCGGCCUAUGAGGGCUGUAAAGGUACUGAGGGAAAGGGUAAGGCCAAGAAUGACUGACAGCGAAUCCUUAUUACAUGGCAUGUACGCCUUCACGCUUGCAAUUCAUAGUCUGGCAUGGAGGUAGCAGAUUUUUAUGAUGCAUGCUGCCAUGCAUUGUCAAAUCAAUCCUCUUGUUGUAACUGUACAAGCCGUUUUCCUUUAUUUCUUUCUUUCUUUUCCCUCCCACUCUCUCUCUUAUUAAAGAAUAAUCUGUUCAUUUGUAAUUGAUAUUAAAAGUUCUACUUGUUGAGUAGCUCAAGUGCAGUCAUCCUUUUUAUUUUUAGAAGAGUUAAGUAGUCCCAACUGCAAGCUUAUGCGAAUUUGUCGCAAUUAAUCUUAAACUGUAUUGAAAUCAAUCAGAAACCGUCUUGUGAAUGAUUU